AUGGAGAUUGGGUUUUUGGGUUUGGGGAUAAUGGGCAAAGCCAUGUCAAUCAACCUUCUAAAACAUGGCUUCAAAGUCACUGUCUGGAACAGAACCCUCUCCAAGUGUGAUGAAAUUGUUGAACACGGGGCUUCAGUUGGAGAAACACCUGCUGCUGUUGUCAAGAAAUGCAAGUAUACAAUUGCAAUGUUGUCUGAUCCUUCGGCAGCUUUGUCGGUUGUGUUUGAUAAGGAUGGUGUUCUUGAGCAAAUUAAAGGCAAAGGUUAUAUUGACAUGUCAACCGUUGAUGCUGAGACAUCUAUCAAAAUAUCUGAGGCAAUCAAAGCAAAAGGCGGUGAUUUCCUUGAAGCUCCUGUUUCAGGUAGCAAGAAGCCUGCAGAAGAUGGCCAACUAGUAAUACUUGCUGCUGGUCACAAGGCAUUAUAUGAGGAAGCACUUCCAGCAUUUGAUGUAAUCGGGAAAAAAUCUUUCUUUCUUGGUGAGGUUGGAGAUGGUGCAAAAAUGAAACUUGUUGUCAACAUGGUAAUGGGAAGUAUGAUGAAUGCUUUCUCUGAGGGACUAACGCUUGCUGAAAAAAGCGGCUUGAACCCUGGCACACUUCUUGAUGUGCUGGAUCUUGGUGCUAUCAGUAACGGCAUGUUUAAACUGAAAGGACCGUCAAUGCUCAAGAAGAGUUAUGCCCCGGCUUUCCCACUGAAACAUCAGCAGAAGGACAUGAGAUUGGCUCUUGCACUUGGAGAUGAAAAUGCUGUACCUAUGCCAGUCGCAGCUGCAGCAAAUGAGGCAUUCAAGAAAGCCAGAAGCUUGGGAUUAGGAGACCUUGAUUUUUCAGCUGUCCACGAGACUUUGAAAUGA